ACAAGUUCCUUGACGGACGGCGUGUAGGCGUUCGAGCAUCGAAGGGAGGAAAUACAUGGCGUGUGGGAACGCCGUCGAUUAGGGUAUCGGUGUACUUCGAGCUGCAGAACUAGCAAUCUCGUUUAAAGUAGUACAUUUCACAUUACACAGAUGUGGCGUAAGCAUCUAUUUGUUGCUGUACGAACAGCGCGCCGCAACCUACCUCAACUGCUCAAAAAAUUUCCCUGCUUUCCCUUGACAAUUGCUCUAAGGUGUGCUCCGAGCGAGGAUGGCGCGAGUACAACGAGAACACGCCGCUGCGCGACAACUGGAACCUGUGGUGGCGCACCAACGGCUUCCCUUCCUCCACCUACAAGUCGCUCAAGAUGUGGCAGUUCACAAAUCACAUUCCAAAAGCGUCUUCCAUCUGCCGCAAGGAUACGUUGGCGCGCUAUUUGCGAUGCAUGCGAAAGGUUUACGGAAGCGUCUACGAUUUCAGUCCUUCGGUGUACAACCUCCCCCUGGAGUACAACAAGCUGGUGGCCGAGUGCUCGCGAAACCGCACGACGGCGCACGAGGACGACGACGUGUGGAUCUGCAAGCCCGUCGGCCUCAGCCAGGGGCGCGGCAUCUACCUCUUCCGGAGAUUGAGCGAACUCACGUACGACACCAACACGAUCGUGCAGCGCUACAUCCGCAACCCGCUGCUGAUCGGCGGCUACAAGUGCGACCUGCGGCUGUACGUGUGCGUCACGUCCUACCACCCGCUCGCCAUCUACUUGUACCGCGAGGGCCUGGUGCGCUUCUCCACCGACAAGUUCAGCCUCAACGACCUCGACAACCCCUUCUGCCACCUCACCAACUGCUCGCUCAACAAGAUGGGGCCGGGCUACUUCGAGAAAAAAGAUCGCGUCGGCUCAGUCGGGCAUGGAGGACUGGCUGCUGUGGCAGCGCGUGGCGGCCAUCGUGGUGCUGACGGUGCUGACGCAGGUGCCCUUCAUCCCCAACUCGCCCAACUGCUUCGAGUGAACCUGAGCCCGGCGCUGGGCAACGACUGCGACGUGGACCCGGCGGUGAAGAAGCCCAUGCUGCACGACCUGUUCGACCUGCUGGGGCUGCCGGUGCGCAACACGGGGCUGUCGCUCUUCACCAUGUGGGACAGCCCGGCGGCGCCGCAGCCGGCCGCGCUCACGCAGCGCGCCGCGGGCAGCCGGCCCCCGCGCGGCGCGCAGGCCGCCGGCGACCCCACGCUGGCCGUG